GCCAUCCUCCCGCCUCCACAAUGCUCGAGAACUGCCAACGCCAUCAUAUGCUCCUUGGACUGGGAGCCCUAACAAUGGUCACAAUCCUAGUGCUCUUCGUGGAAUCCCGAUAUGCGGCGGAGGGACCUCGUCGCCGGGAGCCGCAGUUCGUCAUCGAGGACAACUCGACGUGCUGGCGGAACGAGAAGUACACGAUGGUGCAGGAGUGCCAUCCCUGCUCCGAAUUCGACAUAGUCAGCCGGAGUCUGGGCGUCUGCAUCCACACGCACUACAAGGAGGUGCUGCGCUGCCAGAGCGGCGAGAUCGUGACCAGGAGCUGCGACCGCGUGGCGCUGAUCGAGCAGAUGAACUUCCUGAAAUUCGAGGUCUUUUGCCUGGUACUCGGCUUACUGAGCUACCUGGUUAGCUAUGCUCGCGAUCGAAUCCUCUCCAGACGCAACUACAUGCGAAUCGAGCGGCAGCUGAACCGGGUGCAAUAG